GAAUUUCCCAAUAUGCAUCCUCACCACCAUCCCACCUCAUCACGACUAGCACGAUGAAGUCCCGCGCCCUCCAGGCUUUAGGGCCGGUGCGGAUAGCAACCCCAACUACACAAUACACCCGAUUCACUAAUAGGCGAUCCCCCAUUCUCAAGCAGCUAGCGCGCGCUGCUUCGUCGUCGUCCUACACACCGAAACCCCGAGCUGCACCCUCUUCAAUACCUGCAUCUCGCGCCCGCGCGACAGCCGCAACGAAGACACUCUCACCAGCCUUUAGCGGCCCCAACACCGUCAUUGACCCGCAAGCCGCCAUACCCCAAGCAGCGACCGUCGCCGAUGUCGACCCAGCCCUCGCCGCGCAGAUCCCCACCACCGAACCCACCAACACAAUACCCUCGUCCGCAUUCACCGCCGCGCUAAGCGGCAACUCCAACGGCAGUGGCAACGGCCCCACUCAAGCGAUCGACUGGUCGUCUUCCUUCCACGGCCUGUCGACAACCCCGUUCAGCCCCGAGACCGCCGCCGUGCUGAUGCAGCCGCUGGACGCGCUCGACAUCGAGAUCAAGCCCGACGGCAUCAUCUACCUGCCCGAGAUCAAGUACCGGCGCAUUCUAAACAAGGCCUUUGGGCCCGGCGGCUGGGGCCUGGCCCCGCGCGGGGAGCUGGUGGUGGGCGAGAAGGUGGUGACACGGGAGUACGCCCUGGUUGUGCACGGCCGAUUCAUCGCUCAAGCGCGCGGCGAAUGCCAGUACUUCUCCGAGGAGACGAUCCCUACGGCCGGCGAAGGGUGCAAGUCGAACGCGCUGCUGCGGUGCUGCAAAGACUUGGGCAUAGCCUCGGAACUGUGGGACCCGCGUUUCAUCCGCGAGUUCAAGAAGAUGCACUGCCACGAGAUAUGGGUCGAGCACGUCGUCACCAAGAAGCGCCGCCAGAUCUGGACGCGCAAGGACGGCGAGCCCGCGUACCCUUACCAGGCGGUCAAGGCGGGGGUGCGCAUGUGAUAGAGGCACCCCUGGAAGAGGAAAAGGUUCAUGACGAAUCUUGAGCGAGGAAUACCGACCUCGAACAUACGGACUCAUGUCGUUCCGAUUGUACAUUAUCCCUGUAUCAUACAAGACGUAUAUCUCAUAUAUUACUCCUUUGAGUGGCAUACUGAAGAGGCAGGACCACUCAAGAGCAUUGACUCAGAAGACAAUAUUUCAUUCAAGGCG